AUGGUAAUAAUCCAUUUACAAGAAGUGACACCAGACAGUGGGAUUGAGACACCGGACAUGAGCGUAGGGAAGCAAAUGAUGAGGAACCAUGUAAGGAAUCUACUCAAUGUGCUGAGUCUCAAGGAGAGGAAGAUCAUCAAGCUGAGGUUUGGGAUUGAUGGUGGGAAGCAGAGAUCGUUGUCUGAGAUAGGAGAGAGCCGAGCAUUGUAUAGGCUUAAGCAGAACAUGAACAGCCAUGGACUCAAUGCUUAUGCUGAUUUGCUUGUCUAG